UAUUCCGUUUAUUGUCUUUUCACGGACUUUGUGUUUACACCACGUCGCUGCUAACAGGCUAAUGUCUCAUACAGCCCGUGAGAGGACGUACCCACGGUGCUACCCCAGUGCUUUACUGUGAGCUGUAGUUCGGCUAGCAACACGUUAGCUGCCCUUUAAAUGGUGUCUAGCUAGUUUGUUGACAUCGCUAGUUGUUGUCAUCAGGUUGUUUUGUUAUGCUAACAACACGUGACACGAUGCUUUAAUACAACAAGGUCUCAAGCUGCAGACACCAUGAGCAAACGUGAGGAUUCAUGGGAGAGGCUGGACGCUGAGUUUGACCAUUUUCUGCUGGACAUGAAGCCACAUGUCCUGAAACAUCCCAACAGGAGAGAGCGCCAGCAGUGUGCCGUGUGGAUAAAGAAGCUGUGUGACCCGGCCACGUGCGCUUCAGGUCUGAUGGGUCGUAAGAACCGCAACAUGUACGCCCGCUUGCUUCUUCACAUGCUCAAAAGAGGGGUCCUGGAGGCGCCUUUUAUCAGCAGACCAGAGCCUGGCAGCCUCAAGACGCUUCCUACCUACAUGUCCAUCUACUUCGAUGAGCCACUGGCGAGUGGAUCUGCGGAGCAAAGCAAUGCAGGUCUGCCUGACUGGCUGACAGGAGAGCUGGGCGACUUUACUGAUGACAGUUUGAGUGUUGGCCUCCUUAAGGACAGACCCAGUUCCACACCUGUCGGAACUCAUCGCAGGAGACUACUGUAUGAGGAGAAGAUGCCAUCACAACCCAUGGCCUCCAGUCCAAUCAAACAGUCGCCGAGACAUGAUGCCAGAAGGGUGGAUGGGGGGCUGAAAGCGGAUAUGUCUCCCGAUGACAGUGACCUGGAGGCUCGUCUCAACAGCUGGAACCUGGGGAUUGAAAACCCAAGGUAUUUGCGAGAGAAGCCCGUUCCCUUGUCUCCGAUUUUCAAGUCAAGCUUUGGGAGGAACAGCACGUUGGCUGAAGAUCAGGGCCCACAGCUUGUUCAGAGCAAGGAGAUUGAGAUGAAGAUCAAAGUGCUGGAGUCCAAGCACCAGGAGGAGAAACUGAAGAUGCAGCAGAGACACGAUGCAGAUGUUGAGAAAAUCCUGGACCGAAAGAAUGGUGAGAUUGAGGAGAUGAAGAGCCUGUACCGGGCCAAGCAGAAGGAAUCAGAAGAGAUGAUCCAUAAGCUGGAGAAGAAAGUUCAAAGUGUGCUGCGGGAAUCCCAGGUCAUCUGUGAGAGCAAAGAGAAGCAGAUUGCUGAGCUGAAGAAGAUGUCGGAUCAGAGCACCGACUCCCUGAAAAACGAGUGGGAGAAGAAGCUGCAUGCUACUGUGACAGAGCUGGAGCAGGAGAAGUUUGAGUUGCAGAAGAAACACACUGGGAGCAUCCAGGAGCUCCUGGAGGACACCAACCACAGACUGGCUAAGAUGGAGGCAGAGUACAACGCUCGGUCACAGGCCACUAAACAAGCGGUGCGUGAGCUGGAGCUGCGGGUGAAACAGCAGUCUGUGGAGGUGGAAAAGGGCAACACGCUGCGUCAGAAGGUGUCACAGGAGAAGGCCCAGUUGGAGAUCCACAUUGCAUCUAUCAGCGCCGAACUUCAGGAGGCCAACAGACGGACCAUGAUGCUGCAGAAGGAGAAGGAGCAGCAGAGCAAGCAGCACGAGCAGAGCGUGCAGAAGCUCCAAGCCAAACACGAGACUGACAUGAGCCACUUGUAUCAGGAACAUACUCUGUCUGCUGCUAAGGCGUCCGAGGUCAUAGAAGACUUGGAGAAAACUGUGGCUCAGCUCAAACAGCACCUGCAGGACAGUGAACAUCGAAGACACCAGCAAGUCAGGGAUCAAGAGAUAAAGUUCCAGCAAGAAAAAGAUGAGCUGCAGAUCAACUGUGAGAAAAAGGUUUUAGCAGACCACAGUGAGGCAGAGAAAGAGAAAUCAGAGGCUAAGAGGAAGAUAGCCAAACUAGAAGAUGCACUCAGGGAGAUGGAGAGCCAGUUGAACCGAGCCAGGGAGAGCCAAAGGCAGCAGAUCCAGCAGGCGGACUCGGCACUGGAGCAGUUGAAGAAACAGGUGGAGCUCAGCUCUGAGAAGGCCUACACUGACAUGAAGCUCCAGAUGGAGAAGGUUGAGGAGGACCUGAUCCGCUCCAAGUCCCUCAGGGAGAACAUGGCCAAAGACUUCUCCCAACAACUAAAUUCCCUCAGAGAGAAAUAUGAGCAGCAGAUGGCUGAGCAGCGCAUGCAGCACGAGCAAGAGAGGACGCGGCUACAGCAGCAGCAUAGCGCGGAAAAGGACAGCCUGGUCCAGGAGCGCCAGCGGGAGGUGAGCAGCCUGGAGAGGCAGGCCAGGGCCGCCCUGCAACAGCACCAACAGCACACCCAGGAGUGGAGGAAGCGCGAUGCCCAGACAAUUUCAGAAUUGGAAGCGCAGUUGGCAAGUCUGCGCGAUGAGCUCCAGGGGGCCCACACCCAGCAUAAGCAGCAGCUUGCAUUGCUUCGGGAGGAGGAAAAGCAGAGGGCUCUCCUGGACAAGGAAGCAGCCCUGGACCGACUCCGCUCUGAGGUGGAACGCAUCCACAGUGACCUCGAGAGGGGCCACCUGCAGGCGAAGGAUGCCGCUCAGGAAAAGACCAACAGCAGGUUGAAGCAGAUUGAGAAGGAGUACAGUCAGAGGCUCACCAAGUCUGCCCAGCUUAUCGCGGAGCUACAGACAUCUGUAUGUGACUCAAAAGAGGAGGCUGUUCGUCUGCAGCAAGCGAUGGAGCGGCAGCUGGAGGAGACCAACACCCGAUGGGAUGAGGAGCGGAGGACAAUAACUCACCGUGCAGAUGAGGCCAACAAGGCUCUGCAGGAAAAGGUGGAAAGUCUUCUGAGGCAGCUGCACUGCUCAGAGAAGAAGCUGCUUAGCAAAGAGCUGGAGACUGAAGAGAAGGUGACCAUGGUGCGUCAGGAGUAUCAGGAGAAGCUCAAAGGCUUGAUGCCAGUAGAGCUCCGACAGGAACUGGAGGACACCAUCACCUCUCUCAAAGCUCAGGUUAACUUCCUUCAGAAGAGAGCGUCUUUGCUACAGGAAGACCUGGAUGCCUGUCGCAGCAGGAGGUAAUGAUGGUGUAACCACAGCCUCCCCCUACGAAGGAACAUGAAGGAGAAGACGUCCAAUCAGGUGUGAGCAUCAUUGACUGUUCAAGUCUUUUAACUGAUAAAGUUUUUUACACACCUGUCAUCCCCCUGGACCUGGUCAUGUUUAAGUGUGACAUGCUGUUAACUCCCAUACUUUUUAACAUAUGAGCUAUUUAUUCAUUGUCCUGUUUUACUUUUGCUUUGUAUUUUUGUAAAAAUAAUAUUUUUUAUGUUCUCAACUCGUUUCUUUGUUCUGUUCUAUUUUAUUACUGAUACUGUUGAUAUUUAAUAGACAGCAUCAUUUACCAUAUUCACACCAAAAUGCAUCAU